AUGUCAAUCAUGCUGGCCCCUCCUACUCUGAUCUUGCUUUUCAUGAUUCACGGUGUUUAUAGUGGUGAUGAUGAGUGGGGUGUGAAUUACAGCUCUUCAUCCAUCUGUGCACUAAAGGGUUCAACAGUGAUAAUAAACUGCACUUAUAAAUACCCUACUGGACAUCAGAUCAUGAAAGUGUUAUGGACUAAGAUUAAGAGUGCUGAUACUCCAGAUCUGUUUAAUGACAUUAAAAACAGUCAGAGGAUUCAGUAUCUAGGAGAUAAACAUCACGACUGCACCAUGAGACUGACUAAUGUGAGAAAGAAAGAUUCACACAAAUACUAUUUCAGAUUCAUCACUCAUAGUCGCAAAUGGAUUGGAAAAGAUGGGGUGACUCUUAAUAUCACAGAUCUUCAGGUGGAGUCUUCAGGUGAGAGAGUGACAGAGGGACAUUCAGUGACUCUUACAUGUAAAAGCAGAUGCAGUCUGACUGACAGAUCAACAUUCAUCUGGUUUAAAAACACACAGUCAUUAAGUGAGAGAACAGACAGAAACAAUCAACUCAUCCUGCAGUCAGUAAGAAGAGAGGAUGCAGGCAACUAUAGCUGUGCUGUACAGGGACACAAACUCACAUCACCUCAUCAAUAUCUCAAUGUCAUCUAUCCUCCAAAGAAGGUGAUAGCAUCCAUCAGUGGAUCUGGUGUAAUAAUGGAGGGUGAUUCAGUGACUCUGACCUGCAGCAGUGAAUCAAAUCCACCUGUUCACACCUACAGCUGGUUUAAGGAGAAUGAAAAAUCAUCUGUUGGAUCUGGACAGACGUACAGCAUCACUAACAUUAACUCCAGUCACUGUGGAUGGUUUUACUGUGAGGCUCAGAAUGAAUUCGGGUCUCAGAGAUCUGCUGCUGUAUCACUCAAUGUUAAAGGAAAUAUGAUGAUAUUUCACUCUAUCAUUGGAGUGUUGAUUUUGGGGGCUGUAGUUUUUGUCGUGGUGUUGAUAAUUGGGUAA